AUGGUCCUUAUCCCUCUCUCGCAUACGGAGCAUACUAGAUCAGUCCGGCCUUCGACCUUGAUAUGCGUAUAUCUCGUUGCAUCGAUCGUUUUCGACGUGGUUCAGACGCGUACUCUCUUUAUCAUCAAAGACAAUCUCGCCAUCUCAGUAACGCUGUGCUGUAAUAUCGCUACCAAGAUGGCUGUGCUAUACCUCGAAGCAAGUGAGAAGCGCGCAUAUCUUCGUGUACCUUACAACUCGUAUCCACCAGAGACCAUCGCAAGCACAUUCAAUCGCACGUUCCUGUGGUGGCUCAAUCGAAUCUUUCUCACAGGUUUCCGAAAAGUCAUGACACUUGAUGAUUUGCGUUCGACCACUUCUGAGCUGCGUUCCAAAGGACCGGGAAAGAGACUCAGAGAAUCUUGGAGAUCUCGAUGUCGAGGUCACAGUCAGCUGUCACCGCCAAACAAAUGGAUGCUUCCACUCGCUACGUUUUCCUGCUUCCGAUCGGAGAUUAUCUCAGCCAUUCCCGCUCGCCUUUUCCUCAUAGGCUUCAAUUAUGCGCAGCCUUUCUUGUUUGCCAGGGCUAUUAAGCUGCUUGCUGGGCCGGUAGACCAAAGGACAGCAAACUUCGGCCACGGACUUAUCGCUGCCACUGCAAUCAUAUAUCUUGGCAUCGCGGUGUCUACAGUCCGCUACCAGCAGAGUAUGUUCAAGACAUUGACAAUGUUUCGGGGAGCCAUGGUCACUCUGAUCUUUAAUCAUUCUGUGGCAUUAUCCGAUCACAUGAAUGCGGAAAACGCUGCAGUCUCGCACAUGUCUACAGAUAUCGACUCUCUCUCACGAUCAUUGGUCGAGAUCAACGAGUUCUGGGCCCGGCUCAUCGAGGUUGGCUUGGGGAUCGGCCUAUUAGCGAACCAAAUAGGUGGAGUUGCUGUAGUGCCUGUCGCUCUGGUCGGACUUUCGACUUAUUGCCAGAAUUUUGUGUCGAGAACGAUAGGUGCUAAACGGAAAGCUUGGAAUGGCAAAGUUCAACAGAGAAUCGGUCUCACUGCUAAUACCUUGGGUUCGAUGAGAUCGAUCAAAAUCGGAGGCUUGGGCUCCGUUGUCGAAGAACUGAUACAGGUCUCUUGCUUACAGGAGUUAAAAACAUCUAGAGGAUUUAUGUGGUUGAUCCUGGCAAUGAACUUCAUCGCUGUGAUUCCUACUACCUGGGCCCCAACCAUAACGUUCAUUGUUUAUGCUAUCCAAGCCACGAUCAGAAACACACGAUCUCUCGGGAUCGCCCAAGCAUUUACAUCAUUGGCUCUACUGACACUCAUCACGGCUCCUGCGUCAAAACUGCUGACUGUCUUGCCGCAGUUCGCAGCAGCCAUGGGAUGCUUUGAACGUCUACAGGCGUUUCUUCUUCUACCGGUCGUGCUCGAUCAAUCUGCGAGCGAAGAUGACGAGACUGAUAACGAGGACCCAUCGACAAUCUCAUCCAGGCAACCGUCGGAGCUCGAGAUGCAGACACUUCGACCCAAGACUGAUGUAGAACCAGCGGUGAUCACGGUGACAGAUGCCACGAUCCGCCCUACCGCCACCGCCCCAGCCGUUCUAUCUGACGCCUCAUUCCGAGUCGAGAAGGCUUCAAUCACUGCCCUGCUUGGUCCAACAGGCUCAGGCAAAACUACUCUACUCAGGACAAUACUUGGUGAGCUUGGCUCAGACUCUGGCGAUGUGUCAACUUUGUCAGGUCCGAUCGCAUACUGCGCUCAAACACCCUGGAUGGUCAAUCGCUCUAUACGCUCCAACGUCUGUGGACCAUUUGUACGCGAUACAUAUGUGGUCGAAUCGUGGUACAACCGAGUCCUCCACGCUUGUUGCCUAGAUACAGAUAUAUCGAUCUUUCCCCACGGUGAUUCAACACAAGUCGGUAGUAAAGGAUUCAGUCUGAGUGGAGGGCAAAAGCAGCGUAUCGCUCUGGCCCGAGCGGUAUACUCGAAACUGCCAACACUGAUCCUCGAUGACGUGUCCAGUGCUGUGGAUCAGGAUACAGCGCAUCUGAUGCUUACUCGACUUCUUGGCCCUGAGGGACUGCUGCGAAAGACUAAGUCAACCGUCAUCAUAGCAACGCAUUCUCUGGCUGUCCUGCCUUUCACCGACACAGUCUUGCGCAUCGACUUCAGCGGCGCAAUCCUUGCGACGCAGAGACCACCAACCUUUGAGCGGCAGAUGUCCAUAUCAGGCCCAGACUACACUGAUCUUUCACAGGACCAAUGUGUACAGGGCCCGAAGCCCAAGGUGCCUCUAAAAGGACCAAGUGAUGAUGAACGCAAGGCUCUUACAAUAAGCACUGGCGACAAGAGCAUUUAUAAGUUCUACUUCCGAUCCAUCGGAGUCAAAUGGUUCAUGACAUUCGUUGCCACUACCAUUGCGGGUACCUUUUGUAACCACUUUUCUCAGGUUUGGCUUCAACUAUGGAUUAGCAGUGGCGGAGCGCGUUUGUCGUUGUAUCUCCCAGUCUUUGCGGUGCUGGCUCUUCUGACUAACAUCUUCACAAACCUCAACAUGUGGAUCAUGUUUCUUAACAUCAUGCCCAAAUCUGUUUCUCAUCUCCAUGCGGUCUUGUUGAGGACAACGAUGAUCGCACCCUUAUCCUUCUUUGCGUCGACAGAUACGGGCAACAUCUUGAACCGGUUCAGCCAAGACAUAUCCUUGAUCAGUAUGACACUUCCCACCUCAUUAUUGUCUUCGGGAAUCGCACUUUUCGAUAGCCUUGCCCAAGCCGCACUGAUCAGUACCGGCUCCGCGUAUAUGGCGACCACAAUCCCUUUUGUACUCAUUGCCAUCUACUUGAUACAAGCAGUGUACCUACGAACGUCGCGACAAAUCCGAUUCUUGGAUCUUGAAGCAAAAGCCCCGAUCUAUUCGCACUUUCUUGAGGUAGGUGAAGGCGCAGCUACGGUUAGAGCGUUCGGGUGGCAAGCAGACGCAAAGGAACGCAACGCGGACCUGUUGGAUGCCUCCCAAUCUCCGUAUUAUCUGAUGUACUGUAUCCAGAGGUGGCUCCAACUGGUGCUCGAUCUGCUUGUCGCGGUCAUGGCCGUUGUAGUCAUGGCUCUUGCAGUUUCUCUUCGCUCAUCGACCAGCGCCGGGCUCUUGGGUAUCGCUCUGAACAACAUUCUGGGCUUCAAUCAAUCUCUCGGCAGACUGGUCCGCGAGUGGACCAACCUUGAGACGUCUCUUGCGGCAAUCUCUCGAGUGAAGGCCUUCUCGGAAACCACGGUUCCGGAGACAGACUGCGGAUUGUCCGACACAGGACCCUCCUCGUGGCCAUCAGGAAGCAUUGGUCUGAAGAACGUUUCGGCAUCGUACAACGGUAAUGAUGUGGCCCCAGUGCUUGAUAGCAUCAGCUUCGAAAUAUGCGCUGGACAGAAGAUCGGCAUAUGCGGGCGCACAGGCAGCGGCAAGAGUACCCUGUUGCUUGCAAUGUUGCGGCUUAUGGAACUGAGCUCUGGUUCGAUCACGAUUGACGGGGUCAACAUCACGGAUAUACCCCUGCAGAAACUCCGCUCAAGCAUAACGACAGUCGCACAAGAUCCUUUGUUGCUGCCUGUCUCUAUUCGACGCAACCUCGACCUCAGUAGUAGAAUGACGGACGAAUCCAUGAUCGGCGCACUUCGUAAAGUUUGUCUAUGGGACAUGGUGUCAGAGCGUGGUGGCCUUGAUGCAGUUUUGACGAAGGAUUCCUUGAGUCACGGACAGCUACAGUUGCUCACUCUUGCAAGAGCUCUGCUGCAGACAUCGAAAAUAGUACUUCUGGACGAGGCAACGAGUAACCUUGACCAUGAGACGGAUCAGAUUGUUCAGAAGGUCAUUCGAGAUGACUUCGCGACAUGCACAGUCAUUGCUAUUGCUCACCGACUCGAAACUAUCAGUGCAUUCGACAAGAUCGCCGUGCUCGACCGCGGUAAAUUGGUUGCUUUCGACUCUCCAGCUGCGAUUCUGCGACGUAGCGAUCACAUCGCACUUCUUACAGACUGA